UUCCCCUGUCAGCCAGCCUUAUUUCUCGAAUCCAACGUUGACCCUAGGUUCGGUAUGCUCCCAGUUGUGCUGGGUGUUCCACGAGAUGAUUACUGUGCUUUGGCGCCUCCAAAUUCGUUCAUACAUGUGGACGAUUUUUCGUCGGCUGCAGAAUUGGCAGAUUAUUUACAUUGGCUGGACAGAAAUGACACUGCCUAUGCAUCCUACUUUGCGUGGAAAGCCUAUGGAAAAAUUGUGGUGA